AUGCGCAGCCGGCCAGCCACGCUCCUCGGGCGCCUAGCGCGCCUGGCCGCGUGGGUGCUGUGCGCGGCCGUCGCCUCCGCCGCCGCCGCCAUCGAGUUCCCGCUCACCGACAUGCCGUGGAAGCAGGCCUUGCUGCCGUGCGCGUGCAGCCGCCCCGACGCCCUCGACUGUGCCGAGCGCGGCAAGUCCACACUGGAAGCGCAGGACUUCUGCAACACCUCCGCCCUCCGGACCAUCAACCUGUACGACAACGCCUUCACAGCCUUCCCCGACGGCGUGGGCUCGGCCGCCGCCGUCGACUUGUCGCUCAACCAGCUCGAGUGCCUGCCGCGCGCCGACCAGUUGAAUCCUGCCAUCGAGACGCUCGACCUCUCCAGGAACAAGAUUUCCAACGUCAGCACCGAGUUGCAGCCGUUGGCUCGCCUGCAACUGCUUCGUGUCAGCCGCAACCGGCAUAUUAAGCAUCUGCAUUUCCUGCCAAACCCGUGUGCUCUAAAACAUCUUCACGCCGCUUUCAACGAAAUAGAAAACUUGGAUGGUCCUCUUGGUUUAUGCUUCGAACUCGAGACUUUGGAUUUGUCUCUGAACAGAGUGACAUCGCUUCCGGAAGACGCUUUUUCAAAUUUCACAGAAUUACGAGUUCUCGACUUGUCCUGGAACCGCGUUAUGGUGUUUGGGCUGCAAACAUUUGCGGUCCUUACUCAGCUUCAACGUCUUAAUUUGGAAUCUACUGGACUUCAGAGUGUUCCUGAAGAACUGUUUGCCAACUUAACUCAAUUGGAACGUCUGAACCUCGCUGGCAACUGGUUGGAAUCGUUGCCAAAUGGUUUGUUUUCAACUCUCACAAAGCUAGUUCGUUUAGACUUAUCUCGUAACCGCUUUGAAACUUUCCCUUCGGACGGAAUAAGAUGCAUCGAAUCUCUCGAAGUGCUGGACCUGUCAGACAACCGAUUAGCCGUCAUUCCGGCUGAAGCAUUCAUUACAUUUUCAAACCUAAGUGUGGUGCACCUAUCGGAAAACAAUAUCUCCGCGCUUUGUGCAGAAACGUUUGCAGGCCUUACCAAACUUAACUUCCUUACCCUCAGCGGAAAUCCGUUAUCAACAGUGACUCCAGGAUUGCUCAGCAAUAUAACCAGCUUGAGAUUCAUGACUCUUUCGCUUAACGUGUUCGAUACAGCUGAAUUAGAGGAGCUGAGAGGAGUAAAGUACAUCCACUUGGGUCCCAGUGGAAUCACGUCACUGCCGUCACGAGCGUUUUCUUCCCUUCCAUACCUAAAAGCCCUCACAAUCUACGAAAACACCAUCCAGUCCAUGGCCGAAGACGCACUAGCAGGGCUUCCGCUGCUGGAGUUCUUGAGCCUGGGCGCCAACGAAAUCUCAUCCUUACCAUCCCGAAUUUUCGCCACAUCGAUUCGCUUGUUGGAUUUACAUCUCUGGCAUAAUCACAUCUCCAAGUUGCCGGUAAACGUGUUUGCGAACUUGUAUCGCCUCAAGGGGCUGCACUUGAACAGGAACCAGCUGUCGGAGUUACCAAGAGGGUUGUUUCACGGAACCCCGUUUCUGGAGAAGCUGGACCUCUCCAACAACCAACUGCGCUCUCUGCCGCCGCGCAUCUUUUCCAAUCUGCGCUUCCUGCGAGAGCUCAGCCUAGCGGACAACCAGCUGACGCGUCUCCCGGCCUACGACCCGGGGUGCGUCUCCCUGCAAGAAGUGACGUUCGAGCGCAACAGCUUCACGCGUCUGCCGCGCGGCGCGCUCAUGUCGUGGCUGGAGGCGCGCGGCAAGGAGCGCUACGUGAACCUGGAGGACGACGGGGAGAUCAAGGCGGAGACGCUGCGCUGGGUGUUGGAGGAGCCCGGGCUGCGCCUGGCCGGCGACGAGCGCAGUGGCUGCAACUGCGGCAGCGUGCGCAGCGGGCGCGCGCUCGUGCGGCUGUGCGUGCACAUGCCGUGCUUCGAGCGGCCCGACUUCCCGCAGGACUGGGUGGCGGCCGUCAACGCCACUGGCCCCCGCGAGCGCACGCCCCCGCCCUGAGCGGCUCCGCGCAUCGGCUCACAAUGGAAAUGACCGACAAUGGAACGAGGAGCGUCGCCCCACUGAUGGCGUGUUCCAACGUACGUGGAUUUCGAGAUGCGGUUAUUUUAUGUACCGUCUAUUUUCGGUGUCGAAACGUUGCAUUUCAAUAUGCAAUUUACAACAGCCUUGUUCCUUACAAUAGUCCUAACACAUUUUGUUUGUGCAUUGUCUAUGAGUUAAAUACCCUAAUAUUGAUGUAUGAUUCCCACUCAGGGCUACCGUUGCUGGAGAUCUUGAAUCUCGGUACCUAUGAAGUCACGUGUUACCAUCUGAAUACUUUGGUGUAAUAUAAUACGGCGAUCGUUGUGCUGGGUUUGCAUCAGCGCCCAUCGUAUUGACAAAUAUAAAUGUCUCCGAUUUUGCAUUCUGAGUGAGAUAUCGGUUGGCUUUGAGAUUGCCACUUGAAACUAAAUAUAGCUCUUAAACUGGUUCAGGUUCCUCAAAACAAAUACUGAAAUUGUACAAAUAGGUCGCAUGGUGAUAUUUGCUUAAGCUUCCAGAAGGCGUGAAUAGCAAGUAACCAAUCGAAGCAUUGCUAAGUGAAUUAGAGGCUUGUUUUGAUAAGAAAAUCUGUAAACAGUGGUUAUUAUGAGAAUAGUUUACAAAGAAUACGUGGUUCAAGGUUAUCUCUGGGGCCAAAAGUCUCUAGAUUGCAUGUCAUAAAAGUGUAAAUAAGUGUCGAGAAAAUAUGAAAGAUUUUUUAUUGAUCAAAGAUUACGUGUAUGCAUGUGCUAAUUUCUAGGAAUUUAAUGAUUUCCCUUUACAUGCGACCCAUUCUAUCACUUGUGACGGUAGGAAUAUGAAAAGUACCUAAUGAAGCAUCCUAUUUUAAUUUGAAAAAAACACAUGUGAAAACAUAAUGUGAUGAACACAUUAAAAAAUAAUAUUUGUUAACAAGUGAAUGACGGUUGUGCGACCAUUUCCUCAUUUACAACACAAAAUUUGUCUGUAUGAUAUAGAUUUUUUCGUAUGGCAUAUUUAGUGAAGAAAAUAUCAUUAACCGCAUAAACAUUGUAUUUAUUUUAAUUUAAAUAACUUCACUUCCACAAAAUUCACUCCCAUAUUAUCACUUAUCUUAGCAACUCUAAAUGCUCUUCACUUUAUAAAACAAACACCCUUAUCAAAAUAUUAACACAGCUGGUACGACAAACAUAACACAAAAGCAAAACAUUAGUCAAAGUAUCGAGAUGCUAGCUUUUAAUCUUCGUACAAAGGGGCUCCAGUUAGUUUGAUGUUUCAAAAGAAAGUCUUGCUUUAAUAUUUGGAAGAAAAUCACUUUCAAAUCCACGCUUAAAUGUGAUGUUCCAAACAUUUUACAAAAAAGGUAUGUUCCGAAGAUGCUUGGUUUGUGAGGGAUUCUUGGUAAAUGUCCAUAAAGUCCGGAAUCAAGAUAAAGUCGCCUUUACUGUUAUCAAAUAUUCACGCAAGCAUUAUUGUUCCAUGUUGCUUUGAAAAAUAUGCAGAAAAGGGUUGCAGGAAAAGGGUUAAAAAAACAAAUUGAAAAUUAAUGGAUUCAUAAUAAUUAUUUCGAGUUAAAACAUAUAACUCAAAAUCACACAGAAGAACCAUUCAUGAUCUUAUUUUUUGUCUCAUGAAAUGUUCGUUACUAAUUGAUUAUGUUUAAUUCAUAUUUCUGUUUUAUUAAUAAGCUGGAUAUCUUCUGUAGAAAUGGAGUUUCGUUUAAUUUAUUUCUUAUAGCUAAAAUUUGUUCACUCAGAACAGAUUUUAAUAUUUAUUACAUGAUAUAAAAACGUUUGUUUUUUGGGAGGAAGGAAUACGAACUAGGGAUUCAACUAGUCAGGAAGUAAAUUCAAACAGUAUAGUCUUUAUGUGCUGUCUGAUAAUACGUGUAUUUUAAGAAAUAUGUUAAAUAUUAAUAAUAAAUAAUUUAAUGUAAACUUGAAAUAAUGUGUAUAAUGUUGCCAAAUGUACCAUCCUGUGUCCUUAUUGAUUUAUAUUUCAGGAAGUUCUGUAUAGUUGCAUGAUUUGCAACCCAAAUCAACUAAAGAGAUGACAUUAACUAUAAUUUUCUGCUAGACGGUGUGUAUUUCGUUGUAAAAUAAACAAUAUUUC